CGCCAUCACUGCGUGCCGGCCGCCCCGCCCAUCCGGCCGCUGCCGCCGCCAUGGAGUCCAACCGGGACGAGGCGGAGCGGUGCAUCUCCAUCGCUGUGGGCGCCAUCAAGGCCAACCAGCCCGAUAAGGCACGCCGCUUCCUGGAGAAGGCGCAGCGCCUCUUCCCCUCGCAGAGGGUCCGCGUGCUGCUCGAAGCCCUCAAGAAGAAUGAACAGCCAUCAAAUGGCCAGUCUCAGUCCCGGGAGUCUACAAACCCCCAUUUCAGGAAAAUGAGUGGAGACUUCCCAUCAGCCAAUGGGGAGGCAGGUGGGGAGAGUAGCAAAGGUUACACCCAGGACCAGGUGGAUGCAGUUAAGAGGGUAAAACAGUGUAAAGAUUACUAUGAAAUUCUGGGAGUAAACAGAGAAGCCUCUGAUGAGGACCUGAAAAAGGCUUACCGAAAACUAGCACUGAAAUUUCACCCAGAUAAGAACCAUGCACCAGGUGCUACAGAGGCAUUUAAAGCCAUUGGUAAUGCAUAUGCAGUGUUGAGCAACGCAGAAAAGAGGAAGCAGUAUGACCAGUUUGGAGAUGAGAAACUCAACCCUACACGACAUGGACACAGUCAUGCAGAUUUUCACCGUGGAUUUGAAGCUGACAUCUCACCUGAAGAUCUCUUCAACAUGUUCUUUGGUGGUGGUUUUCCUUCUAGUAAUGUUCAUGUGUACAGCAAUGGCAGGAUGCGAUAUACCUACCAUCAGAGGCAGGACAGGAGAGAACAUCAGGGUGAUGGUGGCCUUGGCUUGUUUGUCCAGCUGAUGCCUAUUCUCAUCCUGAUCAUUGUGUCGGCUCUCAGCCAGAUGAUGGUUUCCAGUCCACCUUACAGCUUGAGCCACAGACCGUCUGUUGGGCAUGUACAGAGGAGGGUGACUGAGCACUUGAAAGUAGUUUACUAUGUAACUGAGAACUUUGCAGAAGAGUACACUGGCACAAACCUGAAAAAUGUUGAGAGAAGUGUGGAAGAUGACUACAUUGCGAAUCUUAGAAAUAACUGCUGGAAGGAAAAGCAACAGAAGGAAGGCUUAUUAUAUCGGGCGCGCUACUUUGGAGAUUCAGAUCUGUAUCAGAGAGCACAGAGGAUGGGCACUCCAAGCUGUAGCAGGUUGUCUGAAGUUCAAGCCUCCAUGCACGGAUAAUUGCUGCCAGACCCUCCGUGGAGGUCUAAGUACGAACUGGUGAUUUCCCUGUGACACUUCAGCAUGGCCCAUCAAUGAAUUUUAUACCUAUUUAAAUCUGUUUGAGAUCCAGAUCUUUGUGGGUCUCUCCUCUGGAUGCACAUGUGUAAUGGGGGUAAAGCGGAACCCAUCUGGGAUGUUUGCAUGUCAGUGCCUUUGGUGCUUCCUAAGCUACCUUAUUUUUUCUAUAGUAUUGGUGGUGUUGCUUCCAGGGAGCAAAGUGAAAGGCCUGGAUAUGCUUGUGAGUUAGCUGAAUUCUUGUCAAGUAUUGAUUUGAAACAUUGUCACACAUUGCUUUGACUGGCAAACAUUCCUUACUUUACCAGUUCUUGCAAUUGAUGGUCAUGCAUUUAUGAAUAGAUUUUGUUGCUUUUUUGCCUAUUUUACUGAAAAAAAAUAUAUAUCGAAGGCACUUAAGGAAAUACGAUCACAGGGUUCAUAGGGAAUAGACUUCUAUAAGACCAGCUAUUCCUUGCCUCCUGUUGUCUUCCCGUGACAUUCAGUGAAAACAAACCAAGCUCUCACUGUACACAGCAGGUUGUAUAGACUCCUCGCUUUAUUGAACUGGAAAAAUAAUGAAGUCAGCCAUGAGUAUUAAAGAUUCAUGUUCUCUCCACUGGGCCAUGGUGUAAAGAACUUGAGCUCAAGUGGUUUGCAUAUAGUUCAGAGGAGCACAAGUGAAACUAGCAUUAGUUGGCUCAAAGGUCUGUUAAAAAAAAAAAAGUUAAAAAUUUGGCACAGGAUUUGGAGUCUCACUUCUCCUUAAUUCUUUGGUUUAAUUUUACAGAGACAAGAGGCUUCACGUCUCAGAAACUAACAGUUGAAUGUAAAGUACACAGGCCAGUCCCUAUGUCCCACAAAUAUAAUUGAAAGUGAGGGCUCAUUAGACAGUAGCCUAUGGUGUAGUAUCCAAGUUUCAGGUCUCUACCUGUCUUUUGCACUUGCCAGAAAGUUAUUGUGGAUGUUGGACAUAUGGAUACUUGAUUUAUAUACACAAGCAACUUAGGAUAUUUAGGAGUGGUAUGUUUUUGGUUUUGUUCUAUUUUGGGCAAUGGGAGUGCAUUGGAAAACCUGGUCCUUGGAGCUGUUCCUCAGGAGCAUGUCUUGAGCUCUGCCAUUGUAAUGUGCAUCUUGGUUUGGGAAUUUUUCUUAUCUUUGAUACUCUCUACCUUGUUUUGAUAAGGGCUCUUUUUCUUAGUAAAUACAGAGUCUUGUAUUAACUCUCCAGCUCUGUCCACAGUCUGAUGAAGAGGAUAGCUGUAAAACAAAGGAACUACUUUUAGCAUUCUCAGUUAUGUCAGUUAAACAUAUUUCCUAUAAUUUGGGGAUAGGGGUGGGAAAGUGUUUGUUUCUCCUGUUAAGAGAUUAUAACUGACUGGAGACUGACCCAGUUACCACUUUUAUUCCCAGACUCUUGAAAUGCCUGAAGACUUUUGGUGAAGUGCACUGAGCCAAGGUGACAGACUUUGUUUUAAAGAAUCAAACCUUAAAUUAAAAUGGAAUUGGAGAAUUAGCAACGCACAACUGCCCUCUUUCUUCUCUCUCACUGUCUGUUUGUCUCCAGCGUUAGAUGUCUCAGGCAGCAGCUAGAACAGGAAAUAAAGCUGCCUGCCUUCUUCCCUUCUUUCCAACACCACUAGAGUGCGACAGUCUAUAGUUUCUACUAGGAUACAGCAACCAUGAGAGCAAAUGUAGAGUGUAAAAUAAACAAAAACUCCCACACCAAACUGCAGCAAGCCAUGAAGCAGAGGAGACCCUUCCAUGAUUGCACUGGUCACUUCGAACGGAGAGAGAACUUGGAAGACUUUUAGAAAUAAAACCAAUUAAAAAAAAAAAAAAAAAAAGAAAAUCUAUUUAGAAUUAAUUUAUAGCUGUAUAUAUGUUGGACUUUUAAACUAUGCAGGGGGUGGAUUAAAUUAUUUAGUUUACUAAUUUGGGCAGAAAACUAAAGCCUGAGCUGCAACUGGUUUCUGGUGCUGCCCAUCUCUGUGAACCUUUCCUAUUUGACACACUAAAACUAGAAUCACUUUGCAUUAUUUUGCUGUUGUUGAUAAAAAUAUGAAUUGAUGAGUUUCAGGGUUUUUUUAUUAAAAAAAAAAAAAAAAUCCAGAUCUGUAGGAAGAAAGAACCUUGGUGAAAUUGGCCAAACUGAUUUGUUUUUGCUAUGUUGACAUGAGUGGUGGCAGGUCUACUGGGUGCUGGAGCCUCAUUCAGCAAGGAGAGCACUGUCCAAAACAGUCUUAGCUCAUCAGUGUUCAAUUUGCAUAUGUGCGUAAUAUUUUUUCGGCAGUUUGCCUUGUAAUCAGUGUGUACCGUUAGUUCUGUAAACAGAUUGCCAUAAGCUUUGUCCUUUUGUUGUUUCUCCUGAACUUUGAAUGCCUCAUUCACCAGCACUCUCUUGUCUGCAGUAUGGCCAUUACCUUGGCAGGGCACUUCUGGUGUUUCUUUGAGGAAACCUGUAACCUGUAUGGACAUGCCUAAAAAACAGAGCCUUUGGUUGCUUCUGUUGAAAGAAGUUUAUGCGAUGGUCUCAUUUUCAGGAGAGAUCAGAAAGAGGGAAAUGGUUAUUUAUUAGUUACUUAACUGGGCUUUGCAGUGAAUCGGUUAGUAGAUUACAGCUAAUUUUUACCCAUUUUAUAGCAAUGGUUUUUCCAGCCUUGCAUUUAGAAGCUGGAGUGAUGCUGCUAAAAGCCUGCAUUUACCUGCUUUUAUCAGAUUUAGGUUACAGCAGCAGGAUGUUGUUUAAGUGCCGGGCCUCAGGACCCAGAUUAGAGCAGCAGGAUAGUGCUCAAGGUUAUAUUAUGUCUCUUUGUCAUGCUCCCCAAGAGAAGCAAAAUUCAAACGAGCUAAGUUACCAUUAAUGGAAUAAACUGGACUUUUCUCUAUCCUGCUGUUACAUUUUUUUAAAAGAUAUCUCUAUAAGAACAGCUUCCAGGCUUCCCUUAAGGGGAAAUUUAUCAAAGCAGCAAUGGCUGCCAUGUAAAAUGAUUUAGGGCUGGGAGGAGUACGAGAGGGCUUUGUUCUGAAAUCCAGAAGAUCAAUUUGGUUUUUUUGUUUAGUUUUUUGGCUGUCUAUUUAACACAAUGAAAGAGAGCCCUCCUGUUAAUUGUAAGCCUUACCAUCACUCUACUUUUUGUAUUCUGAUCUGAUUUCAUUUAUUGAAAGAUCACCCUCAUGUCUCCUAGGGGAGUACAGUUGGAAUCUAAAUCUUUUUGGAAUAAAUGCCCUUUGUAGUAGUGUAAGCUACUGAGCAUGCAGAGUUCACUGGGGAAUUCAAAUGAAACUUAUGUUUGCAGAAGGUGCUGAAUGUUUUACAAAAUGGGACUCUCUAUCCAGUGCCCACCCAAACCUUUUGAUUUCUCAAGUAGAUAUCAUGGAUGGUCUGAGUUACGUGCAAUAAAGCAUAGAUCCUAAUGGAUGCUCACAGAAGCUGUAUUUCUUGAUUUACAAUUGAUUAUAAAAUUGUACAUCUAUAAAUAAAUGUUUAUAAUGUGA